AUGGGUGUGACCUUGGUGGCCAGUGGGAGCGAGCAGGUGGUCUCCCUGGACCCUCAGAUGCACACCCGGAGUCACCAACACGGCAUCCCACCCUUGGAUGCAGCCAUAGCUGACCCGGGCCCCAGCGUGUGCCCCCCCCAGCAUGUGGCUCCCCCCCUGCACAGCUUCUGGGGCACAAAGGGGCAGGGAGGUCUCUGCUCUACUGGGCUUGCCUCGUUGCCCAAGCGGGAUGUCAGAAACCAGGGAAUGGCUGUGAGCUCGUGUCGGAGCUCAGGGGGCCCCCAGAACAUGCCGGGCUGGACCUUGGGGGACCCUGAGAACAUCGAGUCAUUCGGGGUCACAGUUUCACGGCUCUCAAGGGAGAAGGGACCUCGGUGGUCCACUCGUCCAUCCCCCCCAUCUUACAGGACGAACCCCGGCUUCCUGACUCCGGGCCUGGCACACAGUAGGCGCCGAAUAGAUGCUCGCGUGCGGGACGCGGAGGCGGCCCGGGAGCCUCGCGCCCUGCGGGGCGGGUCCGCAGGCCUGCGUCCGGGCUGGCGAAGCGGGAGGCGGCGCGGCGGGGGGACAGCGGCGCGAGAGCCUUCAGGGUCCGGGCCCCGCCGUAGGGGUCGCCAGGCCGGGUUUCCAGAAAACAGUCAGAAGGAGCAGUUAUUAAGCGCCGACUGUAUGCCGGGGGCCGGGCUAGGCGGCGGGGCGGACGGCGAUGGUGGCUCGGGUGGGAUUCGAACCCGCGUGCUUCGGUCAAGCGAGGUGAGGUUCCGGCCCCGGAGCGCACCGCCCCUCCCCCCUCCCCACCCCCCGGGAGAACGGCCCAUUACUCCGGACCGAGAAACUGAGGCUCGGCCCCUCGCGGUGCGAAGUCGGGGCAAGCGAUUCGACAUGAGACGCAGCUCGGGGCCCGAGGCCCGAGGCGCCGACAUCCCGCCGGGCACGCGGGGAGGCGGCCGCCGCCGGGGGCAGAGCGCAGCGAGGACGGGGGCACGGCGUGUUGGGCGGGGGGCAAACUCUGCCCCCCGGCCCCCCGCCCCCGUUGGGGGCUCACGGGCCCCUCCCCGCCGCCUUUCGCGCCCGCGGCGCCGGGGCCCAGGGCCGGGGCCGGGAGGGGCGGGGGCGCGGGUGCGAGGGCGGAGCGGAGCCUCGCCGAGCGAUCCGGGCCGGGUUUUGCGCGCCGCCCACUCGCCGCUAGGCCGCGGAGAAUUCCAUAAUCACAGCGGGCGAGAGCGGAGACGGGGAGCGAAAAAUCCGGGAUCCGGCGAGUCCGGGGCGCGCAUGCGCGCCCGCCGCGCUCCAUCCCAAACACACACACAUUUCCCCCGGACUUGGAAAGUCACCCAAAGCCGCCCCAAGUGCAGCAGCAAGCGGGCGAGCCUGCAAGCGGGCGAGGGAGCGGGCGGGGGGCGGCGGCUGCCAGCCCGCUCCGAGGCAGGGGCGCGGGGCGGCGCGCGGUGCCCGGGUGCCCGGCGGGCAGGGGCUGGGGAAGGGGGAGGGGAGUGCCAGGCUCGGCGCUGCAGGCGGUCCGGGCCCCCCCGCCCCCCGCGGGCUCCCCGGGGGCAGGUGCUCGCUGACGCCGGCUCGCCGCCCCCCCCCCGCGGGGGCCGGCCGCCCGGACCCCGGCCCCGGAGGCGGCGCGGGCAGGGGCGCCAGGGGCCGCUUCCCGAGACUUUGCCCGCGGGCGGGCCGGGUCGGGGCGCGGUGCGCGCAGCCUCGGCCGGGCCGCGGGGGCGGGGCUGGCGGCCGGGGGCGCGCCCCUCCUGGCGUCGGGAAGUUUGUCUCCGGCCCGCAGCUCGGGCCGGCGGCAGCGCCCCGCGCUUCCUUUCCCGGGCGGGGGCCGGCUGGGCACGGGACCGCGGGGGCGGGGAAAGUUGGGGCGCGGGGCCGGGCCCGGAGCCAGGCCGAGCGGGGCAGGGGCGGGGCACCGCCCGGGGUCGCGGAGGGGCGGGGCGGGAGGGCCCGCCGCGGGCAGGGGCCGGGGUCGGGCCCGGGCGGAGGGGCGGGGGGCGCGCCCGGGCGCAGCGGCGGCCGGUUAUUUUUACUCGGUGGCAUGUGCAGAAUGCGCAGCUGAUCGCCGCCGGCGGCCAGAAGUUUCGCUUUCCCCUCGGUGCGGCGGGGCCGGGGGGGCCGCGCCCGGUGGCCGCCCGCCCGCCCGCGGGGGCCUCCUCGGGGCCGGGGGCGCGGGAGGAGGGGCGGACGCCGGGCCGGGCCCGCCGGGUUAGGGCGGACGGCUGUCCCCGCGCUGGGAAGCUCCGGGCCGGGGAACAGGUGGAUGCGCCGUCAAUCACCGCGGCGCGGCCGCUUCGGGGGCCAAGAGGGGACAACAACCGCGGGUCUGGGCGGCGGGCGGGCGCGGACCCCGGCCCCCCGCCCCCGGGACAGAGGGAGGCGGCAGCUGCGCGCGCCCCCGGAGGGAAAAGUUCUCCCCGCUCCGGCCGGGUCUGGCCCGUCGGCCCGACAGGUCGCGGUCCCGCGGCGGCGCUCCCGGGACCCCCGAGGCGCUCGCCCCCUUCCCGGCCCGGGGGCCCGGCGGGAGCGGGGUCGGCGCCCCACGUGCUGGAGGCUUCCGGGGCCGGGCCGGGGUCCGCGCGGCCUCGGGCCGGCCCCCUCCCCUUCCCAGGCCGCUCCCUGCCGCCGCCCCGCGCCCCGCCUCACCGGCGGCCAGGGAGAGUUUGCGGGGAGCGCGGCUGA